CGGCGACGUUUACCAAUCAGGGUCGACACAUGCAGCAAACCACGCCUGCGCGGCAACUCGUGUCGCGCGCCUCAUCAGCAUUGUACUGGGGGCCGGUGGAGCAAACAAAAGUUGUCAGUCUCUCCUUGCCGCUUCAGCACAAGCGGGGUUUAUUUUUGUUUUGUUGUUGUAGUAUUUUAGUUAAUUUAAGCAAGUUUGUCUUCAUAGCGGAUAUAAGAUAAGCUCGACCCCCCCUCCCUGCAUUGAAGGCUGUGGAGAGAAGCUGCAGAGUCCCACCAGCUGAAGACAACCGACCGUGGAGAAAAGUCAGCGCCCCCGUGGGGUUUAAAGCUCAGCUAACAGUAGCGUAGCUCCACUUGUGAAGAGAUUCACUUUGUCACAAUGGCAGCUGUGUGUCAGCCACGACGGGCCUUGGUGGAGAUACCUGCUCCACAGCCCAAAAUUGCAGCUCGGAUGAGGAGGUCCUAUCUAGACAUUCUAGGUUCUCGGUUGGCUCCAUCUCCACCUCCAAGAGGGAGAAACGCAACUACAAGCACAAAGCGUGGGCCCUCACUGGACCUGUCCAUUGGUGGGCUGUGGAGUGGGAGGAUAGAGGAGCAGUGUGAGAAGAUGGACGAGCACCACACCCCUCUCUCGAAACAGCAGCUUGUGCAGCUCAUCAGAUCCCUCAUCUUAGUUGAGCAGAGCCAAGAGCCCAGAAUCUUAGCGUCCGACCUGAAGUAUCUCCAGGAAGACCUGCAACUGAAGAAGGCAAAUGUUUACCGGUCCAUUCCCUACUCGCGGCUUGGCUCCAACCGGGACGCUCACUGCUACAGAAAAGCGUAUCCUCACCUGGUGGCCUUCAAAGUUUCCUGUCAGGAGUGGGGCCAAGUCUUCCUGAGGAACAAAGAGUGGGACGCCGUGUUGGAGCACACAUUGAUGGCGUGGCGCUACACCAGCGAGUUGCCGCAGUGGGAUACAGCGAACCACAACGCUCUCAGAGAACAGUGUUACGGCAUUUUGGCAGCCAACAGCCUCGCCGCUCUCCAGCACCACCACCCUGGACCCGACAGAGGACGCGAGCUGCUCAGAAGGUUUAAUAUGGCUCAGUUGCAAAGCCAGUCAAUUGUGCCCUGUAUUCAGGAGUUGCAGAGGAUUAUGGGAUGUGCUGAUGACUCCCCCAUGGACACAAAAUAACAGGAGACACGCUAUCUAACCAGCUGGCUACACCCCAGUGAAAAGUGUGCUUCGUAGAUGACCUAAAUAAUUUAUGUGGUACAGGUCCAAAAACAUUUUACGUGGUAGUGUUUGUUUGGAAAAACCACAACAGUAUUCUUCCAAAGGGCAAGGCAUUAUCUUUGAAAUGUGAAGGUUUGUAAGGUAACGAAAAACCCUGUGUAAAUGUUGGAAAUGCAACAAAACCUUUUAUUUAAUCACAAUGCAUUUUUCUAUCAUCUGGGAAGUAUUGGAGUGUGACAUUUGUUGAAUAGAACACCUCAUAAUGUAUUUAUUGUUUAAUGUUGUGCUCAUAUGUUGCCUAACAGCCGUUUACAAACGUCUUUUCAGAGGAACAUUGACAUCCUGAGAAAUGUUGCGGUCAAUCUGCUGCCAGCGACACUAUUUAAGAUGUUUGUAUAUUUUAGAACUUUGUAUUGAAUUACUUUUGCAUUGACCAUUGAAAUGUUAAAAGUAAGAAAAGGCCUUUCUUGUUGCAUUAUCAGGAUGUGUGUGUGUAUAUAUGUCAUUUCCAUUCAAAUACUUGAAACUGUGGCGUUUGCCGUCUUUGUCUAUAGUUGUUUUAUAUGUAUGUCUUGUUUAUAGAGAACCGUCUGUCCCUGAUUGCACUGUUGCCUUUUGUCCUGAAAACUUGAAAUUUUUUGAUGAAAUA